UUUUUCCCUCCCACCUACGACAAACGAGAAAAACCUUAAACAAAACCCCUUCCCAGUUUCCCGUAUUAGUAGUUUCCAGUGCUAGUUUCCGGUUUGCUGCACAGGGCGAGUGAGGUCAGAUCAGUGGGAAGAGGGAAGGAGUAUUAUUAGACGAAAGAAAUUUGAUGUAGCAGUGAUUAGUGAUUAGUGAUUAGUGAAGGAGGGAAAUAGACUCAAGUCCGAACUUCAAGAUCGCAGCCACAAUCAGAUCGCACCCAACCAUGAUUUCCGGGCUUUGUUUCCACGCUUUGUCUUCUUGCAUGGUUCUGAUCCUCCUUGCCGCAGCAGUCGCCCCACAAGUUUCUGCUAAUCUCGCUGAUUCCAUUCAAGGCUGUGGUGGAUUUGUCGAGGCGAAUGCGGCACUAAUCAAGUUGAGGAAGCCCACUGAUCCGAAGUUGGACUACUCUCACAUUACGGUUGAACUUCGCACUCUGGAUGGUUUGGUGAAGGACAGAACACAAUGCGCUCCAAAUGGAUACUAUUUUAUUCCUGUUUAUGACAAGGGUUCAUUUCUGAUCAAGGUUAAAGGGCCUGAGGGAUGGUCAUGGGAUCCUGAACAAGUGCCUGUGGUUGUCGAUAACACUGGUUGCAAUGCAAAUGAAGAUAUAAAUUUUCACUUUACAGGUUUUACCAUAUCUGGAAGGGUUGUGGGUGCAGUUGGCGGAGAGAGCUGCUCAAUUAAGAAUGGAGGUCCUGCAGAUGUCAACAUUCAGCUUGUGUCUCCCACUGGCGAAAUUCUGUCUUCUGUUUCCACAACAUCAGCAGGAACUUACACCUUCAUGAAUGUCAUUCCAGGGAAGUAUAGAUUACUUGCUUCACGGGAUGAUUUGGAUAUUGAAGUCAGAGGCUCUCCAGAGGUGGAAUUGGGUUUUGGAAACAGUCUAGUGGAUGACAUCUUUUUCAUCUCUGGCUAUGAUAUUCGUGGAUAUGUUGUUGCUCAGGGAAAUCCCAUUUUGGGAGUGCAUGUCUUUUUAUAUUCAGAUGAUGUUUCAGAGGUGGAUUGCCCUCAUGGCUCUGGUAAUGCACCGGGCCAGGAAAAAGCUCUUUGUCAUGCUAUUUCUGAUGCCGCUGGAAUCUUCAAAUUCAAGUCAAUACCCUGUGGGGUCUACAAGCUUGUUCCUUUCUAUAAGGGCGAGAACACAGUUUUUGAUGUCUCACCUCCUUCUGUGUUGGUCACCGUAGGGCAUGAGCAUACAAAAGUCAUUCAAAAAUUUCAGGUAACCGGAUUUUCUGUUGGCGGCCGUGUAGUUGAUGGGAUUGGCAAUGGUGUGGAUGGCGUGAAGAUCAUGGUUGAUGGCGAGGAAAGGUCUAACACUGACAAAGAGGGGUAUUACAAGCUUGACCAGGUUACAUCCAAACGGUACACUAUCGAGGCUAGGAAGGAGCACUACAAUUUUGAGAAAUUGAAAGACUUUCUGGUAUUGCCCAACAUGGCUUCGCUUGCUGAUAUAAAAGCCGUGUCAUAUGAUGUAUGUGGCCUCGUGCAAACAAUUGGUACUGAUUACAAGUCAAAGGUUGCUUUGACUCAUGGACCAGAAUAUGUUAAACCUCAAGUGAAACAGACAGAUGUCAGCGGCAGCUUUUGCUUUGAGGUUCCACCUGGUGAAUAUCGUUUAUCUGCUUUGUCAGCUGCUUCUGAGAAUGCUCCAGAGCUAUUAUUUUCUCCAUCUUAUGUUGAUAUCAAUGUCAGCAGUCCAAUAUUGAAUGUCAAAUUUUAUCAGGCACAAGUAAAUUUACAUGGCUCUGUCGUGUGCAAGGGAAACUGUGGUUCAUCCAUUUCUGUUACCCCCAAAACUGAGCUGUGA